AUGCUGGGUAAACGACGAAGCAAGCGGCAGUCCGCCGACGAUGCCAAAAGUAACAACAGCGACGGCACCGUUCAGGAAAACAUAACCAACGACUCCAGCAUGAACAUCGAUCUCGGCAGCAUUCCAUUUCCCCCAGCAAGCACCUCGCGCUCCGAUGCCCGCUCCACUCGCGACGCUUCACCUUCUCAGUCACUACUAGACAGAUACCAACGACGCCUUCAUGGGAUGCAAGCGACGAAGCACUCCUCCUCAUCCAUGAUGAACUCGCCUUCAACAUCAGACGGCAAACUAAAAGAUGUGUCCGACGAGCUCCUGGUUGAUCUGGGCCCUGCUUCACUAGAGAGUAUCAAUGAACCCAUCACACCUGGCGAUGGAAUGCCGAUGCCUAACAAGUCAUACGAUGAAUUCGAUUUCGGACUGGCCGGCCCUCGCAAGACCGGCAUGCCGCCCCUAACAAACACCAACGAUUCAACCAUCCCGCAACCACCUCGACGCCAGACACGGUCCCAGGCGAGAGCGGAGCAACGCAAAGACUCCGUCAGCGCCGCGGAAAGCGACAAGGACGCAGUCUACAAACCCCGCAGCCUCACGAUCCGCAAAGUCCACGAUGCAGACUGGACGCCUUCUCCUCCGCAACCUGCCGUGGCGUUUACGAGCAGCCAAGCAGAGGCAGAGCUGAUGGCCAGUCUGGCCUCGCUAGGCCUCGAAAGCAACACAAACAUGCCCUCACACGCAGCUACAUCAUCAUCAUCAAUCGUCCACCACGCCAAAAUCGGCGCCCCCCUACCAUCAAACCUCAAACCCUCCCCCCUGCAACCCUCCAACCUCCCAAAAGCAACCGCAACAACAACAACAACCAAACGCCCACCCCUCCCCACCCCCCACCAAACCGCAAAACCCCCCAAACCCCCCUCCCCACCCCCCGCAAUCCCAAUCAACCCCCCCGCCCCACCCGCCCCCUCGCAACUCCCAGGCUACAUCUGGCUCUCCACGCACCCAUCCUCAAGCCUCCCCACCGAACCCUGGAGCUGGCUGAAACGCUGGACAUGCUGCCAGUGCGCGCACCAGGAUCCGAUGGGCCAGGGGCGCGCGGCGCAGACGAUGGUCAAGCAGCGCGUUUGCUCGAGGUUGGUGUGUGGGCAUUUGCGGUGCGCGAGGGGGUGUAGGGUUGUGAGGGAUGGGAGGUUUGAGGGGCCCGGGGUGUUUGCUCUUGUUUGA